UUAUAUCCAGCACACACGCAUAUUAUGGGGCAGGGAGUAAAUAGUGCUACAGCAUUAAGCGCCCUGGCCGAAAAAAGACUGGACCCGGCAGAUGGCCAUUCCGGUGGCAGAUAAGGUACAAACUAACACGGGGGAGCUGUUGGGAUCGCCAAAUGCUCAACCAAGACCGGAUUUGGCUGCUUCUGCUUCUGCUUCUGCAUCCGCUUCCUCUUUCGUUUCGCGAAAAUAACGUCUCCAAAGCCAAGACCAAAGGCAUAAUCACAAUAACUUGGCAGCAGCGUCAGCUGUCAAAAAGUCAAAGUGCAGUGGUCGACUCUUUGAUUAUUCAGGGGCGCUGGGCUUUUCUCGGCCCCCGUCCCCACGCCCUGGCAUGCUGUGCGGCUUUCUCACUUAUUCACUCACCUUUUAAGCCGAGUCAUAAAGAGACAAAUUCUCUCUCUCAAGGUCCUAGAUGCGUAAACGUGAAAAACCUCUCAAUGCUAUCAGAGCUGGAGCAAACAAACAGCACUAUUAUUCCCAAAACGUUGCCAAACAUCCAGAACUAUCUAGCAACUGUCCAAAACAGUAGAGUCCUUCAACCCCCCCCCCUGACAAUACUCGCUUAUUUUAUCUGCUUAAGCCACGCGAUAAUAAACCAGCUUUCUCUCUCUCUCUCUCUCUCCAUAUCUCUCUUUUUAGGCCCCGUGUUUGACAAUCCGCUGGUCCCGAGCUUCGCGUUUCACCAUUCCAGCCUCCCCCUGCACACUUCAAACUCCACAUACCUCCUAGCACGAGAGCCAAGGCCCAGGCAAAAGCAAAAAGACAACAAAAUAUGACAGUUCUACAGGCCGCGUUUCCCUGGGCCGCAUAGAAGACUGAAAUUUCUUCAUUUAGCUUUCUCUCCAUUUACUUUUUAAUCAUUGGCCUUGCUUGGCAGGUUCUUGGCUUCGGGUAUUUUGUGCCACUAAUUAUAACUCCAUGCGCCUUGGUUUCCUCCCCCCCGUAUUAUUUCAUGACAAGCCUCUAACCCCGGGCUUCGUCAUCAACCCAGAUACCAGGCUUGCCGUGGCUUCGCGUUUCGUUUAUUCUCACAAUCAAAUCCUCUAGCGAGUAAUGUCUUUACCGUCUUUUUAGAAAAACUCUCUCUUUUUUCUCUCUCUCU